AUGCUAAGAACUACUGUAGGAAAACAAAUAUCUGUUUUGACAAGGAGCUUACUUAAGAGAUGUCUGGCAACAACCGCCGGGGCCGGUGCUAACAUCGAAGUUACCGAAUUGCCAAAUGGGUUGACUGUCGCUACUGAAUAUGUCCCACAUUCAAAAGUUACCUCCACAGGUAUCGUAUUUCCCUCUGGGUCCACUGCUGAAGACCCUUAUAAUAACGGUGUCGCGAACAUCUUGACUAAGAAUUUCUUAAAUAACCCUCAUAUUAUUGUCGAGGCCGCUAAGGAUGGGUUCCAAUUGAUUUCAAACGUUAAUAGAGAAUCUCAAUCUUUUGUUGUUAACUCAGCGCAGGGCCAACCUUCGAAGAUUUUGAAUUUUUUACAAUCAAAAGUGCUCAGUAAAGAUUUUAAAUCGUUAGAAAAGCAUUUUGAUACAAUAAGAUCGAAAGCAGUAGAUGAAGCGGCUUUUUUCGAGGAAAAUGACCACCAGAAUCGUGCAAUGGAGCAUUUACAUUCUACUGCUUUCCAAAAUACACCUUUAAGUCUCCCCACUAGAGGUACGGUGGAAACACUCCAAACUUUAGUUACAGAUGAUGUUGCGUCCUUUGCUAAUAAGACCUGUAAUAUUAAAGAUGCAGUUAUUGUAGCAACAGGCAACACUUCUCAUGCUGAUUUGGUUAAGGCUGUUGAAAAAGAAAUAGACCUAAAUCAAACAUCAAAGAAUGCCUUAAUUAAACCAAAAUCGAGUUUCUUGGGGUCCGAAGUUAGACUGAGAGAUGAUACAUUGCCAAAAGCUUGGGUCGCUAUUGCUGCUGAAGGUGAAAGCGCAAAAUCGGAACAGUAUCUAACGUCACAUGUUGCUACUAGCAUCUUUGGUGAAUACUUUGCCAUGGAACCAAGAUCGAGAUUACAAGGUAUCAAAUUGCUAGAUAAUUUACAAGAGUAUCAGUUAUGUGAUUCUUUCACCCAUUUCAAUUUGAAUUAUAAAGAUUCUGGACUAUGGGGAUUUACAACAAUGACGGGAAACAUUGGUAACAUCGAUGAUCUUAUCCAUUUUACUUUGAAACAAUGGAAUAGACUGUCUAUUUCAAUAACAGAAACCGAACUUGAAAGAGGUAAAGCCCUUUUGAAACUCAAAUUGGCAACUGACGCACUCAAGAGAAAAACUAACGCCGCUCUCUUGGCCAAUGAAAUUUUGGCAAAUGAUGGUGUCUACUUAAACUUAGAUGAAGUAUUCAAAAAGAUACAUGCAGUAACAAUAAAAGAUAUUAAGAAUUGGGCAGGUAACAAACUUUGGGACCAAGAUAUUGCCAUUUCUGGGGUCGGUCAAAUUGAAGACCUACUAGACUAUAUGAGAAUGAGAAAUGAUAUGUCUAUGAUGAGAUGGUGA